AAGCCAAAGAUGAGCCAGUGAUCCACACCAGGUCUUUCUAAGGUUUAAAGACAGCGAAUGCAUCUGAUCCAUUAGUGAUCAGGAAUUUUUGGACUGGGCUAGUCCAGGUCAGAACUUUUUGUUGGUUGGUUUCAGCCAUUUUUGUGUUUUAUUGACCCAGACAGAAUAGCUAGAUCCUAAUAGCCCAGCUUCACCGCAAUAUGAUGAACUGUCAGUUCGUGUUCUUACUGCUGGUCAUCUAUAUGCUGUACUUAUUUGUUGGAGCCGCCAUCUUUUCUGUCCUGGAGCAACCAUAUGAGGAGCAGCUGAGGGAGAAGGUGCUGAACAUGUGGGAUGAUUUCCUAGAAAUCCACCCAUGUCUGUCUGAGGAGAAACUAGAGGACUUCCUGCGCACAGCUCUGCUGGUCAAAAGUUUUGGGGUGUCAGUCCUGCGAAAUAUAUCCGGCUUUGAGGUCAAAUGGGACUUUGUAUCUUCUCUAUUCUUUGCUGGGACCACCCUAACCACUAUUGGUUAUGGACAUCCCUUUCCCAUCUCACUGAGUGGAAAGGUAUUUUGUGUAUUUUACUGCCUCAUUGGAAUCCCAUUCACCUUAUCUUUACUCUCUAUUGUUGCUCAGAAACUGACAAUUUUCUUGCGAGACAGACCACUUCACUACUUUCACCACCGCUGGAACACUUCAAAUAACAAGCUAGAGUGGAUCCACGCCAUCGUUGUAAUCUCCAUCCUGUGUCUCUUUUCCUUUUUCAUUCCUGCCAUUUUCUUCAAUUUUCUAGAAGAGAAUUGGGGUUAUGCGGAUGCCCUGUACUUCUGCUUUAUCUCUUUGAGUACAGUUGGUCUUGGAGAUUAUGUACCUGGUGAACGGAGUGGCCAACGGUUGCCAGCACUCUACAAGCUUCUGGUCGUCGGUUAUUUAUUACUUGGCUUGGUCUGUGUGUUUCUUAUGGUUGAGAUCUUCAAGAACCUUCUUAAGCAUAAUCAGAUUCUCAGUCUGUUCUUACUGGGGUAUGAAGCUGGCAGGCAAGACGAGGAAAUUGACCACGUUUCAACAAAUGACUCUGAGGUUCCUUUUGCUCCGAGAAAUGAUGAAACUACAAGGAGAAGGGUUACGCAUUCUGCCUCUCCCAAUGAGAAGUCUUAUGGCUCCAUAAGCCCAUCAAGAGCUCCUGCCAUUAUCACUUAAAGGCUAAAUUACCCAAAAUGUAUCAUUUAGAUUUGGGUAGAAAGCAGGUAAAUAAUCCAUUAAGCUUUUUGAAUCUCUUCAGGUCUCCGGAAACUUGAUCUCCAAAGAAAAAGAAAACCUGCACUGGGAGAAUAUGAAGGAUGACCUUGCUGACCUGUCCUGAAAAUGUUGAUCUUCAGUACUUUUAACCUGCAACAAGUAUGCAGAUCAUCAGUUCUGACUAAAGUCUGAUUUAUUUUUUCCUCUGUCUUCACUACUUUCCUUGUUGCCUAUCUAGAAUGUGCAUUCAGUCAACAAAUAAAUAUUCUCUGGAGGCCAGCAAAAAAUUAUAA